UUUUUAUUCUGGACGUCUCGUGACGUCAGGACGUCGUACGCUCCAUGUUACGUUCGCUAGACAAGAUGGCGGCGUUGUGAGCAGUCGACAAUUUUUGCCUGAUUUUGAUGUAUAUUUUGUAAAGCCUUCAGAAAGUACACCAAGAUGUCUACAGUGUUGAACCUCAGCAAUGAGGUGGUCAAGAUGAGGGUGGAGGUGAAAAGGGUGAAGGUGCUCCUCAUCCGGAAACUCAUCCGUCAGAUUUCGGUCUUGGAGAAGAAGAAAGGAAAUGAGGUGGACUUGGAGAGGCACCGCAGGCGAGCAGCGAGACUUCGGGAGGAGAUCCAUGAGCUGAAGGUUGUUGCACCAGACAGUAUCACCAAGGCUGCUCUGCAGAAGGACAUCAGCUUCGAGAAGGUGUGUCAGAAUAAGGAGGGCACCCUGUCCGAACGAGCAAUCGCCCGCAUUGCUACGCACCCACAGUUCAGCAAGAAAAUCCAGAGCAUAAAAGAAGCCAUCAAAGCCUUCAAAGAGGAGAGAAUAAAUGCAAGAAAGGCUGAGAAACAAGCAAAAACCAAUGCUGAAGAUGUCACACUGCAAGAUCAGGUACAAGAAGGCAGUGAUGAAUAUGUUGUGGGUUUAGAAAAAUCAGAUGAUGGAGAAGAGAAACUGACAGAGGAGGAGAGUGAGAAAAAUGCAGAUAAACAGCAAGAUGAGGCUGAUGGAUCCUCACAGCUGAGCCAGAAGACAAGUCUGGAGAUGUCAAAUGAACAAACUAAUCAGUGCCAGAAGGAACAGAUUUCAACAACCGAGAACUCAGCGGAAACAGUAAACAUCCCAGAUGAGAUGGUCAGGAUGAGGAAGGAGGUGAAGAGAACGAGGGUGCUGAUCAUCAGUAAGCUGACACAGAAGGUGGCUGCUCUGAAGAAGAAAAAGGGUCAGGAAUCUGAGGUGAAGGAGAACCAAGAGAUAGUGACGGGAAUCCUGAAAGAAAUCCAGGCUUUAAGGAGCCUUAAACUAGAUCAGGUGACUAAGACAGCACUUCAGGAGAACGCUGAGCUUGAGAAUGUUUUGCAGGACCCUCAGGCAAACCCACUGGACAGAGCCAUUGCACAUAUCAUCACACAUUCCCACUUCGUCAACAAACUCCGAAAGGUCAAAGAAGCUAUCGAAGAAGAAAGAGCAAAGGCUGCUGCAGCUGAACAGAAAAUGAAAGACAGAAAGGUCUUGGUUCAGUCAAAUAAGAAAGGUGAGGAAGAGAAGGAUGAUGAUGAUGAAGAGGAGGAGGAAGACAAUGGUGAUGAAGAUGACGAGGAGGAUGAAGUUGGGGAGGAAAAACUGAACAGUCUUUCCAUUGAAAUCCACAGAUCUGGCCUUGAAGAGCCAAUGGAGGGUACAAACUCUCAGACUGUAAAGUUGUCACCUUCCAAGGUCAACACUACACCUUUGGAAAAACCCAGAGAAAGAAUAAAGGCUGCUGAAACCAAACAGAAAAAGAAAGACAGACUGGUCUUGGUUCAGUCAAAGAAUAAAGGUGAGGAGGAGGAGGAUGAUGAUGAUGAGGAGGAGGAGAAGGAAGAAGAAGAAGAAGAAGAAGAAGAAGACGACAAUGGCGAUCAAGACAAGGAGGAUGAAGUGGGGGAGGAAAAAUUUAAUAGUCUUUCCAUUGAAAUCCACAAGUCUGGCAUUGAAGAGCCAGUGGAGGGUACAAACACUCAGAUUGUAAAAUUGACACCAUCCAAGGUCAACACAACAUCUUCGGAAAAAGCCGGAGAGCCCAAUGUUAAAUCAAAGAGUGCUGAUCUCACUUCUACAGUUGUUCAAAGUUCCCCUGAAAAGUCUUCAAAAGUAACCAGUACAGAGUGUAAGCUACCGAAGAACCUUGUAAAAUCAGACAAAGAAAAGGGUACCACCAUAAAUUCACAGAAGAAGCAGGACGUUCCUGAGGCCAAGAGGCCUGAGACAGAAGACGACGAUGAGGAAAGUGAUUUAUCGGAUGAUGAUGACGAGAAGGAAUACUUCGACGACAGCACAGAGGAGCGUUUCCGUAAACAAUCAUCUCAGUCUGAAGAGAGCGAUGAUGAUGACUUCUUCCUCGACAAAGUAAGCAAAUUCAAGAAAAGGAAAAAUUACCAAGGAAAAGUCAAGGAGAAAAAGGGUGAGCCUCAAAAACCUGACAAUCUACAGAAACCAAAGGGGGCCACCAGCAAACCUCACAGGCCAAACUUUGGCAACUUAAAAUCAGUUUUUUGUUCGACCUUGUCCAAAUCCAGCAUCUCCUCUUGGAACGUAAAGCAUGGCUCUUGGCAUGAUGGUCCAAGACCUCCUCAUUUUCAGAACCAAAGGAAAGGUCCUGAGGGCAAGAUGAAAGCAUCUCAAUACCAAGGCCCAGACCCAUUUAAUUUUAAACCCAAUACCCAGACAUUUAAAGUUUCAGGAGAAAGGCAAGGUGGACCUUCAGGGGUGGGGAGGGGAAAGUCACAGUUUGAGCAGCACAAGAAGCAAAAUCCCAGGGGUCCAUCAGGCAAUAUUUCAAAUCCACCUCAGCAUGCCCUUCAUCCGUCAUGGGAGGCCAGCAGGAAAAGAAAAGAACAGCAGUCACAAAUCACAGCAUUCCAGGGGAAAAAGAUCAAAUUUGAUGACUAUGAUUAAGCUGGACCUGCUCAGAUUCAUAUGGCACCUUUAUUUUUUAAAAAAUGUCUGCCUGUUAUAAAAAAUAAAAAAGCUUCCUUUAAGCUAUUUGCUGUUAAUUUGUAUUAAAACAUGGAGUUAAAAUGGAUUUAGUCUUUGGUUUUAUAAAAUGAAGGAAUGUUUAAAGCCUAUGUUAAUUUCCUGUUACAUCUCAUACAGUUGAAGUCAGAAGUUUACAUACACCUUAGCCAAAUACAUUUAAACUCAGUUUUUCACAAUUCCUGACAUUUAAUUGUAGAAAAAAAAUCCCUGUCUUAGGUCAGUUAGGAUCACCAUUUUAAGAAUGUGAAAUGUCUGGAUAAUAGUAGCAGAAUAACAGCUUUUAUUUCUUUCAUCACAUUCUCAGUGGGUAAGAAGUUUACAUACUUUUUUAGUAUUUGGUAUCAUUGCCUUUAAAUUGUUUAACGUGGGUCAAACAUUUUGGGUAGCCUUCCACAUGAUUCUCACAAUAAGUUGCUAGAAUUUUGGCCCUUUCGUCCAGACAGAACUGGUAUAAUUGAGUCCGGUUUGUAGGCCUCCUUGCUCCCACACGCUUUUUCAGUUCUGCCCACAAAUUUUCUAUCGGACUGAGGUCAGGGCUUUGUGAUGGCCACUCCAGUACCUUGACUUUGUUGUCCUUAAUCCAUUUUGCCACAACUUUGGAGGUAUGAUUGGGGUCAUUGUCCAUUUGGAAGACCCAUUUGCGACCAAGCUUUAACUUCCUGGCUGAUGUCUUGAGAUGUUGCUUCAAUAUAUCCACAUAAUUUUCCUUCCUCAUGAUGCCGUCUAUUUUGUCAAGUGUACCAGUCCCUCCUGCAGCAAAGCACCCCCACAACAUGAUGCUGCUCCCCCAUGCUUCACGGUUGGGAUGGUGUUCUUCGGCUUGCAAGCCUCACCCUUUUUCCACCAAACAUAACGAUGGUCGUUAUGGCCAAACAGUUAAUAUUUUGUUUCAUUAGACCAGAGGACAUUUCUCCAAAAAGUAAGAUAUUUGUCCCCAUGAGCACUUGAAAACUGUAGUCUGGCUCUUUUAUGGCAGUUUUGGAGCAGUGGCUUCUUCCUUGCUGAGCAGCCUUUCAGGUUAUGUCGAUAUAGGACUCAUUUUACUGUGGAUAUAGAUACUUGUCUACCUGUUUCCUCCAGCAUCUUCAAAAGGUCCUUAGCUGUUGUUCUGGGAUUGAUUUGCACUUGUUGCACCAAACUACGUUCAUCUCUAGGAGACAGAAUGCAUCUCCUUCCUGAGAGGUAUGAUGGCUACGUAGUCCCAUGGUGUUUAUACUUGUGUACUAUUGUUUGUACAGAUGAACGUGGUACCUUCAGGCAUUUGGAAAUUGCUCCCAAGGAUGAACCAGACAUGUGGGGGUCCACAAUUUUUUUUGUUUUUUUUCUGAGGUCUUGGCUGAUUUCUUUUUAUUUUCCCAUGAUGUCAAGCAAAGAGGCACUGAGUUUGAAGGUAGGCCUUAAAAUACAUCCACAGGUAUACCUCCAAUUGACUCCAAUUAGACUAUCAGAUUCUAAUUGUCUAAAGGCUUGACAUCAUUUUCUGGAAUUUUCCAAGCUGCUUAAAGGCACAGUUAACUUAGUGUAUGUAAACUCUGACCCACUGGAAUUGUGAUAUAGUCAAUUAAAAGUGAAACAAUCUGUCUGUAAACAAUUUUUGGAAAAAUUACUCAUGUCAUGCACAAAGUAGAUGUCCUAAACGACUUGCCAAAACUAUAGUUUGCUAAUAUGAAAUCUAUGGUGUGGUUCAAAAAUGAGUUUUAAUGACUUCAACCUAAGUGUAUGUUAACUUCUGACUUCAACUGUACCUGAAAUUUGGGGUUAUUUUCCAGUAUUAUUUUUAAGUUCAUUAAAUUCCCUGUGAAUUGCC